UCUUCCCCGAAUUCAUCACCCAUCGUUAAAGAUCUCAAGAGUUUAAUUCCAAGUACAUAAAAGAAGCUGGGACCACCGUCUCUGCGGAGCAGUCAGCAAAGCUCAACUACCCACCGCCUAGACCCACUCGGAAAUUUUCUGCCGCUGAUUCUCUUCAGAAGAAAAAAAAAGUUCGAGGUUGACCAAAACCCGCAAAGAAAGACGUCUAUCUUGAAAGAAAUUGAUAGCGUCCACAACGCUCAAAUUACAAUGGAUUCCCCUAAAAAGCAGACACCAGGGGAGGAUCAAACCCAACGGAGAACACUCUUCGUUCGGUCACUUCCCGCCUCAGCCACGACCGAGAGUCUUGCAGAAUAUUUUUCGCAAUCCUACGUUCUCAAGCACGCCCUCGUCGUCAAUGAUCCUGAAACCAAACAAUCGAAAGGAUAUGGAUUCGUGACAUUUGCCGAUGCCGAGGAUGCGCAGAGCGCUUUGGAGGAAUUCAAUGGGUCGACCUGGGAUGGAAAAAAGAUUCGAGUUGACUACGCCCAGUCCCGUCACCGUGAAAUCGAUGAGAAUUUGGGGAAGAGUAAGCCAUCUUCAGCUGCGCUUGAGAAGAAGCAGCAGAGGGAACAACAGAAAGCCGACUCCCAGCCGCCAAAAUUGAUUGUUCGAAACUUGCCAUGGAGUAUCAAGGAACCUGAAGAUCUGGCGAUUCACUUUAGAAGCUUUGGAAAGGUCAAGUUUGUGACUCUUCCGAAGAGAGGUGACAAACUUGCAGGUUUUGGUUUCGUUGUCUUGAGAGGCAAGAAGAACGCCGAGAAGGCCCUUGAGGGCGUCAACGGGAAAGAGGUGGACGGUAGAACCUUAGCAGUUGACUGGGCCGUCGAGAAGGAGGUUUGGGAGAACCAGCAGAAGGAGGAACCGCAAGAGGAGGGCAAAGAUGGCGAAGAGAAAUCCGACGACAUCGAAAUGGCAGAAGGCUCUGAAGAAGCACCAGAGGGUGCAUCUGAUGAUGACGAAGAAGCCUCUGACGACGAUGAGGAUGACAACGAUGAAGAUGAGGAUAUGGAGGACCUGGAUGAUGAUGAUUUGGAGGACGAAGAAGAAGAGGACAAGGAAGAUGAACGGAACGCUUCUACGAUAUUCAUUCGAAACCUACCCUUCACAUGUACAGAUGAAUCGCUUUACGAACACUUUACGCAAUUCGGAAACCUUCGGUACGCGCGAAUCGUUGUCGAUCCGGAGACUGAACGCCCUCGUGGUACAGGCUUUGUUUGCUUCUGGAAUUCCGAGGACGCAGCGACCUGCGUGCGGGAGGCCCCCAAGCAACAAGACACCAUGGCCGCAGAGAAGGACAAGGCCAACAAAGCAAGCAAAGCAUCGUCUGCGAUCAAGCAGUCUGUUUUGCAGAAUGAGAAUUCGGAUCCCAGCGGACGGUACACCAUGGACGGCCGUGUGCUACAGGUCGCUCGCGCGGUGAGCAAAACCCAAGCCUCAAAGUUGGAGGAAGAGGGUGUCUCACGCCGACUCGUCCGCGACACGGAUAAGCGCCGUCUUUUCCUUCUCAAUGAGGGAACUGUCCCCGCAGGCUCGCCUCUCUACAAGCAACUUUCACCAUCCGAAAUCAAGAUGAGAGAGGACAGUUACAAGCAACGACAGAACUUUAUCAAAAAGAACCCGACUCUCCAUCUCAGUCUUGUUCGUCUGUCAGUCCGCAAUAUUCCACGACACGUCAACUCCAAGGACCUGAAGCAACUUGCCCGACAGGCUGUCGUCGGCUUUGCUCAGGAUGUCAAAGCUGGCAAGCGUCAGCCCAUCUCUAGGGAAGAGUCGCAGCGCUCUUCUGAGGACAUGAAAGCGGCUGAGCAAGAGAGAAAGAAGAAGGGCCAGGGUAUUGUGAGACAGGCCAAGAUUGUCUUCGAGACUCGGGAGGGUAGUAAAGUUGGGGAAGAAAGCGGUGCAGGACGCAGCAGAGGUUACGGUUUCAUUGAAUACUACACUCAUCGUCACGCACUGCAGGGACUAAGAUGGCUCAACGCGCACGCUGUCGAGGCACCUAAGACUGGUACUGAGGAUGCAGAGGACAAGAAGAAACGUCUUAUUGUCGAGUUUGCCAUUGAAAACGCGCAAGUCGUCAAGCGCCGAAAUGAACAACAGGAGAAGGCCCGCAACUUUGCCAAGACACGUCAACAAAACGACAAGUUCCAGAAGUCCGAUGAAUCCAAGAGCAAGGGCGGCAAGGGCAAGCCAUCUCCGAAGGGACAGAAGAGGAAGCGCUCCGAAAGCCGUGGUAGCGGAAAAGAGGGUGAUGGAGAACGGGAUCAGGAAGAGGACAACAAAAUGGCCAAGCGCAAUCGGAUUAUCGCAAAGAAGAGGAUGCAAAGAAAGUCCCGGAAAUGAAGAAUCAUAGCGGGGGUUAAUCAUUGUGUAUAGAGGAUUCCCCCUUUUUUUUUUUUUUUCUUUGUAAUUACCCCCUUUUUUUUUUGGCGCCUGGAAUCAGUUCUAUUACUUUUGGGUGGAAAAUAAAAAGCACAUGUGAUAUCUUCUUAUAAAAAAUCGCUUUCUCUAAUCGUCAUUCCGUGGGUAUAUGACUGUAGGUAUCUAGCAUACCCUCACAGCAAGCCAAAUUUGCACAUGAAUGCUCUCGG